GUUCCUGUUCUCCGUUAUUAAAUAAUUAUUUGACGAAUAUGACGUUUACAAUUAGGGAAAAUAGAGUAUCUCUUCACGAUAUUAAGAUCGAUGCAUACAAGGGUUUAGCUUUUCUUCCUAAUUAUACUAGGGCGGCUAGAGCUGGAUCAAUUGUUUCGUUAAAUCUGUUUUGUGGAUGUUCGAGUGAGUUGCGGAACUACCCGAUGGGUUACGUGAUGGGAGAGAGUGAUAGUAUUGAAUCUUUAGCAAUUAGAUUUGGGUCUGGGAAACUUAUUAUUGAAGAUGAUGAUGAAAAGGAUGACGAUGAUGAGGAUGAUGAUGACAAAGAUGAAGAUGACGUUGAAGAUAAAUUGUACAGAUUGAUUCAAAUUCCGAUGGCAGGUCAAGUUGAUGCAACUAGCAGAUUAAAGCAAAGCAGAAGCGAGAAAAAGAGCAGGAAGGCAAUGCUUAAGCUUGGAAUGAAGUUCAUUCCUGGUGUCAGCAGAGUUACUGUGAAGAAGAGCAAAAAAACAGAUUUGGAGUUCUAA